AUGCUGAGUGUGACGGCAGUCAUCGCCAUCGCCGUGGGCUGCUCCGUGCUGUUCAUCGUCAGCGCAACGGUUGGCAUCGUCGUCUGGUGGCGCUUGCGACAGGACCGUCUCUCGCUGGCUAUGGCCCAGGCCAGGCUGGCAGCGACUGUGCCGGUGCAGGGCUUCAACAGCGUCCUGGCAGACCCGGCGCGCAAAGACGCUGCGCUGCCCUACGGCCAGCUGCCGUACAGCCUGCUGCCUCGCGAAUGGGCGCCCCUGGCCUCGACCGAGACGUUCCAGCUGUCCAUGACGCCCGUCAAGCGGUCGUCGUCGCCGCAGAAGAGAGAAAGGGCUCGUUCUCUGAGAGGCUCCAUUUCCCGGUCUCUGUCCAAACGGCUGUCGCUCUCCAAGAGAAACCACCAGAAGCCCGUCGCGUUGAGUCCCUUGACCGUCGACGAAGCCACCAAGAGCUCGUCUUCCAACAAUCGCCCGGAUGCAAAGGAGAAAGAGCCCACGUCGGCCGUCGAGGGCUUCUCUGAGCUGCCCACCGAGAUCACGCCGCGAAAUACGCCCGAAAAGGACCGCGAAGACGCGACGCCGUCCGAGUUGGCGAGCAGCCGCUCCGCAUGCACCGCCUGGCCGCAUCUCGCCUCGGAUCGCACGUUCACCGUGCUCACCGACCAGCACGACCGGCCUGGCCAGCGGUCGUCCCGCGUGCGGACUGGCAGCAUCAUCGCGCAGUCGGCCGGAGCAGCGCCAGAGAUGCCCAUGCCUCCGCCUCCCCCGGCCUCGUAUGCGCGCGGCGGCAUCUAUCAACUUCCGCCGGACGACUCGCUCAUGCGGCUGUCGUCCCUGAGCCUGGAGACGGCCAACAGCUCGAUCCUGGACGAAGGCAGGAGGGCGUCCAUGUCGGUCGACGGCGAAUUCCACUCGCCCUCGCUGCCGCCAUGCCCGACCUUCACGCCGUUCAGCCCCUGCGACAUCGUCCGAGGCGGCUCCGUGGCGCGCGACUGUGCCUCGCAGCGGCGAUCCCAGUCGCAGAGACUGUCGUCGUCGACGGCCCGCUUGACCGUCGCGUCCAGCGAUUCCUACAAGUUGGAUCUGGGAGGCUGCUCGCCUCGUCGGAGCCUGACCACGCGCGAAUCGCCUCAGCCAGCGUCAGACUGGCCCGGCCAGCUGCCACGCCGCGGCGAAACGGUCCUGUCUCCUCCUCGUCCCAGACCGGCCAGCAGACGAGCAGAUUCAAGCCCCCGACGACAGACCGCGAACAAUGCAAUCGCAAAGUCCUAUGCGUCCCAAAGACAGCGCAGGACGAGUUCCGUUGCAAUCAGCGAUGAAAUCAGCCCAUGGCACGCGAAAGAGCCACCGACGACAAAACUCGGUCCGCAUCUCCGCCUAUCCUCCCACCACGUUCGGCGGACCGGUUUUUCCCCUAUGCUCGAAGAACCGGAAGAGGUAUCCGAACUGGAGAAUGAGAAUGACUUGAAUGUGCAUUCUUCUUCUAACCAGCAGCAGCAGCAGCAGCAGAGACGGCACAGCCGACAUUGCUCGACAGGCUCCAUCCCAGAGAUAAGAAGCUCGUCGAUCCUGGGGAAUAAUUGUUCGCCGGCGAUGAACUCUCGCGUCGUCACUCGCUCCAACACGUCCCGCAAGCGCAGCCACUCGCGGAUGGACGACGACGUCUUCGUCUGCCCUGCCUCUGCGUCAUCACCGUCAGAAAAGCACAGUCUGUCGAGGACGCCAUCGCCAGAGAAACCAGAGCCCGCCUCGUGGUAUUUGCCUCGUUCGGACGCGUUCUCUCUAUCGCCGUCCCUGUUUGCGACGGGCAGUCCUCAACGGUAUACCGUCCGCGGUGGUGGUGGUCCGCAAGGUGUUCCCGUAAGACGAACAGUACGGAACAGCGCGCCGCCUUGUGCGAAUACUAGUACUAGUACUACAGGUAUUACUACUACGAGUAUUACGAGGUCAGAGGAUUCAAUUAUGUCGACCCCCACACAAUCGCCAAAGAGAGCCCUCACCCUCGCCCCCUCCCCCAGCAAAGACGUCCGCAAAUCCAUCACCCUGCUGCGCCGCAUGAACAGCGACGCCUGGGACGACGACUCGCGCGCGUACCGGUGCAUGGGCGGCUGCUGCAGUCCCAGUCCCAGUCCCAGCUCACUGUCGCUGUCGCUGUCGCUGCAGCAGGGGCGGCGGAUGUCUGCCAGUAAUCGCAGUUCGCUGGCGGGUAGCAUCACCAUCUGGGAGGAUGCGGGCGAGGAGGAGGACGCUGCGUCUGCGUCUGCGUCUGCGUCGACGUUGAUGCCAAGGAGGAGGGUUUCUGUUAUGGAGAGGAUUGAUUCGGAUGGAGCAGCUGAAGAUGCUGCUAGCAGCAGCAACAGCAGCAAGAAUAAUCCUAGCAGCGGCGACAACAACGAUUCCACCAGCGACAGUACCACCACGAAAAACAACGUCAAUAACAACAGCAACAGCAGCAACAACAACGACACAAACAAAAACAAUCAAUCAAUCCUCACAACACCACACAACAAACCCAAAGGAUUGGGGUUAGGGUAUGCCGGUGCUGAUGGAGGUGGAGGUCCCAGCUGCGCAACCACGCCAGCAAGUCUCUACGAUCGGGACGGGUUCCUGAAGGAGUGA